CAGACAGGAUUCCUAAAUAUCAAGUCGGGGGUUGCAUUUUCUUCACUAAUCCACCUUCUCUCAUCCAUCAUGGAGCGUCGAAUUACUUUCUUUGUUUUCGUUUUAUUGGGGAAUGUCGCAAAUGGUGACGUGAGCUUUUCGUUUCAAGAGGAAAUGAAGCGUGGAUCUGUUAUUGGAAACAUAGCGAAGCAUCUGAGUCUGGAUUUGCGUAAACUAUCAUUUAGAAAUGCUCGCGUGGAUGCGACAGGAAACCGCAAACAUUACUGUGAUGUAAACGUGAGCACUGGAGAUCUAAUAGUGGCCGAGAGGAUUGACCGAGAGGAGCUUUGUGGAGAAAAACUGUCGUGUGUGAUCAAACGGGAUCUUGUUCUGGAAAAUCCUCUUGAACUGCACCCUUUUAAUCUCCAUAUUCAGGAUAUUAAUGAUAAUUCUCCGCUAUUUAAUGAAGCGUCUUUUAAAAUAGAAAUUCAGGAGUCGGCAAGUAAAGGAGCUCGGUUUGUGAUCGAGGAGGCGCAUGAUGCGGACGUAGGACAGAAUGCAGUUCAGGAGUACAGCCUCGAACGUAACGAUCAUUUUAUUUUGGAUUCUGGUGGAAAUAAGAUAGAGCUUGUUCUAGAUAAGGAGCUUGAUCGUGAAAAGCGGAAGGAAGUAAAUUUAUUGCUGACAGCUUUAGAUGGAGGAUCUCCUCAGAGAUCAGGAACUGCGGUUAUUCAUGUCAUUGUGCUGGAUGCUAAUGAUAACGCCCCAGUGUUCAGUCAGGAGGUUUAUAAAGCCAGUCUGCCUGAAGACUCUCCUUUAGACACUCUAGUGGUCACAGUUAGUGCAGCUGAUGCUGAUGAGGGACUGAAUGGAGAUGUGACUUAUGAUUUUGGUCACGUGUCUGAGGAUGUAAAGAAAGUUUUUCAAAUUGACCAUAAAAAUGGUCAAAUAAAACUUAUUAGUGCAAUCGAUUUUGAAACUGUUACAUCAUAUGAUUUACGCAUUAAAGCGAAGGAUGGAUUAGGAUUGUCAACAUACACAAAAGUUACCAUAGAUGUCAUUGAUGUCAAUGAUAACAUCCCUGUAAUCUACAUCAAGUCUCUAACUAACCCAGUGCCAGAAAGUGUGCCACCAGGAACAGAUGUAGGAAUUAUCAAUGUGCAGGAUGCAGAUUCUGAUAAUAACCAACAGAUCCGUUGCACUGUACAUGGAAAUGUUCCUUUUAAGUUGGUUCCUUCUAUCAAAAACUAUUAUUCUCUGGUGACCACAGGACAGCUGGACCGUGAACUAGUGUCUGAUUACAACAUUACAAUCAGUGCCACUGACGAGGGCUCUCCACCUCUGUCCUCCUCUAAAACUGUUCAGUUAUCUGUAGCUGACAUUAACGACAACCCACCUGUGUUUGAGGAGCAGUCCUACAGCGCUUAUGUGAGUGAAAAUAACAAACCUGGCUCCACUUUAUGUUCCGUUAGUGCUCGAGACCCGGACUGGAGACAAAACGGUACCGUGAUUUAUUCUCUGUUACCUGCUGAGGUGAACGGCGCGUCGGUGUCCUCCUAUCUAUCAGUUAACGGAGACACGGGGGUGAUCCACGCUGUCAGGUCGUUUGAUUAUGAACAGCUGAGGAGUUUUAAAGUCCCAGUGAUGGCCAGAGACAACGGUUCUCCUCCUCUCAGCAGCAACGUGACCGUGAGUGUGUUCGUAUCAGAUGUGAAUGACAACUCUCCUCAGAUACUGUACCCCGCCCCGGAGGGCAGCUCCUUCAUGACCGAGCUGGUCCCCAAAGCUGCACACGGAGGCUCUCUGGUGUCCAAAGUGAUAGCGGUGGACGCGGACUCUGGACAGAACGCCUGGCUGUCCUAUCAGAUAGUCAGAUCCACUGAUCCGGGACUUUUCACUAUCGGUGUGCACAGCGGAGAGAUCAGGACGCAGCGGGACAUUUCUGAAUCUGACAGCAUGAAACAGAACCUGAUUGUAGCAGUGAAAGAUAACGGACAGCCCUCUCUGUCUGCCACCUGUGCCAUGUAUUUACUGAUUUCUGAUAACUUGGCUGAGGUGCCAGAGCUGAAAGAUAUUUCUUAUGAUGACAAGAACUCCAAACUGACCUCGUAUCUGAUCAUUGCGCUGGUGUGUGUGUCCACCUUCUUCCUGACCUUCAUCAUCAUCAUCCUGGGUGUGAGGUUUUGUCGCAGGAGAAAGCCCAGACUGUUGUUUGAUGGAGCAGUGGCCAUUCCCGGAGCUUAUCUCCCUCCUAAUUACGCAGAUGUUGAUGGAACAGGAACUUUACGCAGCUCCUACAACUAUGACGCCUACCUGACAACAGGAUCUAGAACCAGUGACUUUAAGUUUGUGUCAUCUUACAAUGACAACACGCUGCCUGCUGACCAGACUCUGAAGAAAAGUCCCUCUGAGUUUGCUGAUGUGUUUGGAAGUUGUGAUUCUUCCCCUGAGGUAAGAAUAGGUCAGAUGUUACCCAUGUGAGCUUUGUCGUGAAAGAAAACAGGAACUUGUUGUGCUGUUUCAAUAUCACUUAAGCUUUGUGUGUGUGUGUGUGUGUGUGUGUGUGUUUGUGUGUGUGUGUGUUUGAGUGUUUGUGUGUUUGUGUUUGUGUGUGUGGAUGGGUGGGGUGUCAAAUAUACAAAUUGAAGUUAAGAAAUUUCUAUUGUAAGUGCUUACAGCUGUUUUUGGAAUGCUGGGUCUACAUUCCUCACAAAAAAAAACAUUAGUAAUGACACCUUUGUCCACCGUGGUUUCAAAUUCUGGUUCUAAUUGAAGGAGGGAGGAUUGAGUUAAUGAACUAACUGAAAGCCUGGCUUGUGGUGUUAGAGGUAGAGGAAGAAUAGUAGAUGGCCAAGCCCUGACCACUGAUGAAUCUUAGCAGAGACUUUCGGUGAACAUAGUCUGGAGCGUCCAAUGCAGAUGUAGAGUGUUUGAUUUAUGAUGCAUUUAGUAAGAAGAAGGUUUCAUUUGGAUAAGCAAAUUGAGCAUUUUUGAUAUUUUUGGUUGAGAAGUUAUUUCAAGUAAGGUUUGGCCUUUCCAUAUUUGCAUUGAUGAGUAUGAAGAGAAAUCUUGCUGUUCAUCUUGGUGGGGAUGGCAAUAUAAAUGUGCAUAUUGUCCUCAAUCAUUGGCCCUGUAUUCAGGAUCUUUGGCAGAUAUUGUGAAAAUUUUAGAACCUCUGAAGUGUCAGCUACCCAAAAGAAGAGCCAUGCAUUAUGUAGAGGUGUUUAGCUGCAGGUGACUGUGGCACAUACAAGCCUUUUACUCUUCCAGAGAUAUCACAAGAUGAAGUAAAGAUGAUCAGAAUGACAAACACAUGCAGAUGAGCUAGAAACUGCAGCAAUUGUUUAGAUAUGCAGCUGUGUGCCACCAAUAUAACAAUGAAGAGAGAGAGUCUUCAAUGACUUAUAACAUGGCUGAUAGGAGAAGAGGUAGAAGAUGAAGAGAACAGGGCCAUGAACUGAACUCUGAUGGAUCCCACCAGUAACCGUGGGUGAACCUGAUCAGAAGUCUCAAACUGAGAGGUAUUGCAUUUGAUUUGAAGUAUUAACCAACUGAGGACUGUGUCUGAGUCUAAUGAUGUGGUGAAGCCACUUUAGGAGGAUUCUAUGAUCAGUUGCAGACAGAUCAAGGAGAAAGAGAAGAGAGCAACAGCCAGUAUCUGUAGACAUUUAGAGGCCACUUGUGACUCUUGCCCAAGCUGUUUCAGUGCUGUUGCCAGAACAGAACCUGGGGCCUCAUUUAUAAACCAAACUUGUGCAUCGAUCUGUGCGUAUUUCAUGUGUAGAACUAAUUUAUGCAUUGUGUGGUAUUCAUCAUUUUGUAAUGUUCCUAAAUAUAAGAAACUUCAGACAUGCUGAGGAACAGCAUCUAGUGGUAGAACGGAGGAACAGCAACACUGAAGGUCUCAGUCAUCUACACGUUCCUCAUCCACAAAUUAUUUUACCCAAUAAGAUGUGGCACAUAGUUGGUGCCAACCCCCCCACAUGGGAAUUUGACAUUGUAGAAUGAAUUUCAUGUUUUUUGAUCACAAUUGUUACUCUUCCCAUUUUUAUGAUGAUCUUA